AUGUUCAGUACAUCGAGGACUGUCACUUCGGUGAUAGUCUCAUCUAUCCUCGCUUACGUCUUUCUCUUUACCGAAUUUUUCUCCGAGUACUCCCUUCUACCACAUUAUACUCCAAAGAACCAUAUAUUUCCAGUCUCAGCGAAUCUCACAGAGAACAAAGAGGCUGUUCUAUUCCUGGCUUCUCUUGAUCAUACGACGUUACCUUCAAAUGUUAGUAUCGCGGAAGUACCGAAAGUGGAAUUGCCGGUCGAAUCCACAGACCUAUCGAAACUCUGUGGUGAGACGGAAUGGACUGAGGGAUUAUGGCUUCAUUGCCAUUCAGGGUGUGGUGUGAAUGGGACUUCAAUUUGCGGUGGACUGAACAAUGCCAGAAAUCGUGUACAGACCUGUAUUCGUCUUGCCAUUGACGCUGGAGCUGGUGUCAUAAUACCUUCCGCAACCACCAGAAACGAGGAGGCAUUGGUAGACACAAACGCGAAGACUGUUUGCCCGAGUUUCUUCUGGGAUAUGAAGCAUCUCAAAUCAGAAGUUGGCAAGCAAUGUCCACAGUUAAAAGUCCGAGUAUGCGACGACAGGUCCGGAAUCUCCAAGAUCGUUACCCCACCAAAACGAACCUACCUUGAGGCCCCUCAUAGCAAGGACACCUUCCGAGGACUAGUAAAGAAUUCUUUCGAAAAAUCCAACUACACCCUCUCCUCCGUAACCGCCUCGUCGCCAGCACUCAUUGAGUUCUCAGACACCUACAUCGGCUGGGACUACAAAAAGUCCUCCGAACUCUCCACCAUCCGGAAAUCCCUCUUCAAAGCCCUCCAAUUCAACAAAGACCUCCUCCACCUCAGCACCGAAGUCCUCAAGAGCCCUCAACUCAACAAUGGCGCCUUCAUUGGCAUCCAUCUCCGCGCUGAGAACGACUGGCCAGCCGGCUUUGGCACAGCAGAAGACCAAAUGCGGUUGUACGUCGCGGAAAUAGAACGCAUCCAAACCACCGUCUCUUACGUCGUCGACACAAUCUACGUUUCAUCCGGGGAUAUCGAUGGCAUCCAGAGAUUCCGCGAUAUGCUUGAACCACUCGGCUACAUCGUCCACGACAAAUGGACGCUUCUAGCCAAUGAACCCGAAACCCUCGCUUAUCUCGAAGCCCUCCCAUUCGACCAAAAGGGAAUAGUCGAGUACAAUGUCCUUGUCGACGCGAGGUUUUGGAUCGGGAUUAUUACCAGCUCGAUGAGUUCGUUGAUUGCGUAUGCGAGGACAGUAGAUGAGCGCGAGGAUUACUUUGAGACGAGCAUUUUUCCGGAUAGUUCUAGAGAGGGACUGAACCGGGGGUAUACGGAUAAUAUUAGUAUCAAGGGAAAUCAGUAUACGAAGUUGAUGGUGGUGAAUGGGGUGGAUAUUAUGGAUUCUUUUCCGUAG